AUGGCAUCAUCAUCAUCAUCACCGCCACCUCCUCCUCGUCGUACUAACAAACGAAUUGCAUUUAUACAUCCUGAUUUGGGUAUCGGAGGUGCCGAACGACUUGUGGUCGACGCAGCAAUGGGGCUUCAAUCCCUCAAUAACGAUAUUCAGAUAUUUACAUCCCACUGCGAUCCUACGCAUUGCUUUGAAGAGGUGAGUUCUGGACAACUUGCCGUAACCGUGUAUGGAGACUUUUUGCCUACAAACUUGUUGAAGCGAUUCCAUAUCUUAUUUGCCAUUCUUCGUCAAUUAUAUCUUGUUUUCAAGUUGGUGGUCACGGGUGAAAUUGGACAGUAUGAUUACUUUAUCAUUGAUCAGCUCUCCAUGUGUGUCCCAUUGGUGAGCUGGUUGAGUCGUGACGAUUGUCGGGUGUUGUUCUAUUGUCAUUUCCCGGAUCAAUUGUUAGCCAAGCGAACCAGUAAAGUCAAAUCCUUGUAUCGAGUUCCAUUCGACAUGGUGGAAGAAUGGAGUACAGGGUGCAGUGACGUGAUUGUGGUCAAUUCCAAUUUCACCAAGUCGAUAUUCUACCAGACAUUCAAGACAUUAGGGCAUAUCAAACCAGGAGUGAUCUAUCCCUGUGUGGACACGGUUGAGGAACAUAAUCAAGCAAGUGAUGAUGAAGUGCAGCUGUUUUUCAAAGAUUGCAAUUACUAUCUUUCCAUCAACCGUUUUGAACGCGCCAAGAACAUAGAGUUGGCAAUCAGGGCAUUCCACAAGCUGAGGAAGCUAAUCACGGGGAAGUCAAAAGUGAGAUUGGUCAUUGCUGGGGGGUGGGAUGCUCGUGUUGCUGAGAAUGUUCAGUAUUUGCAAGAAUUAACUGGAUUAUGUGAUUCGCUCAAGUUGACGAAUUUCACAAUCAGAGGAAAGUUAAUUGUCAUGCCUCCAUCUACUGAUGUGUUGUUUUUGCCUUCAAUUAGGUCAAACUUAAAGGUUAGUUUGAUCAAACGGGCCCAGAUGUUGUUGUACACGCCUGAACGAGAACAUUUUGGGAUUGUCCCCGUGGAAAGCAUGUUAUAUAGAACUCCGGUAUUGGCAAUUAAUUUUGGGGGUCCCUUGGAAACCGUGGUAAAUUAUGAUGGGUCAAACUUGGAGGAAGCUACUGGGUACAUUGAAGAAUCAAACUAUGAAAAAUGGGCCAAAGUUAUGGUCAAAUACUGGAAUGAACCUCAAGAAGUCAAAACCAAACUUGGAGACAAUGGUCAUGAUCGAGUUCUUGCCAAUUUCUCAAGAGAUCAAACAAGCAUUGAGUUUAUGAACAAUUUGACAUUGGCCAAUGAGCACGACAAGAGGUUUAAAGUCAUCACCUGGGAGAGCUGGGGUCGUAUAAGUGCUGUGUUUGUAUUUGUCAUUGCUGUCGUUAUUUAUGGGUAUAUACAUGUAUGA